GUGGAGUAUAUUUGGAUUGUUCACGAGUGAACGAACAAAAGAGUUGUUCACUGAACUGACUCGUUGAGUUUGUUCCAGUGAACUGCAGUGUGUUAACAGUACUUAUUUUCGCUCAUUUGUUUUGAUGCUUAACAUUUAAUUUGUACUUAUAAAUUGAUGCGGAUAGCUUAUGUGUCAAAAGAGUUUUAGUAAAUUGUAUAUGGUUAUUUUUAUCGAUGUGCAUAUUUUUGUAUUAAUAUUUUAUGUAUUAUUGAAAUUGAUUUUCAUAUGGAAAACUGUUAAAUUUUAUAAAAAAAAUUAACCGAAAUAGUAGAUAAGAAUAUAGAUUAAGUCUAUUUGAAAGUUAGUUAACAGAAUGUUAAAUGAGAUCGAGUUCUGAUGUCUGUUAGAAGAGGAGCGGUGUUUUGAAAUGCGCAGUAAUUCGCUUGUGUUCUGUUUAUUAAUAACACUGCCACUAUCGACCGACCUCCACAAUCAGUACAAUCCAUUGACAAGAACUCAGUAAUAAUAAAUAAAUAAAUAAUAAACAUGCCCGCCGAUCAAAUUCAAUAUUCUGAGAAGUACUUUGAUGAUAAAUUUGAAUACAGGCACGUAAUUCUGCCGCCCGACCUGGCCAAACAUGUUCCCAAGUCCCAUUUGAUGACGGAGACGGAAUGGCGCAAUUUGGGCGUUCAGCAGAGUCCCGGCUGGGUGCACUACAUGAUGCAUGCACCGGAGCCGCAUGUUAUACUAUUUCGGCGCAAGCACGUGGAGGAUGAGACUCCAACAGCAGCAGCCGCAUCUCAGCCAACAGCAACCGUCUCGAAUAAUGUCAAUGUUUGCGCCUAGGAGAGGAGCAACAACAAAGAUUUGGUGGCUAGUUGAGUGGACGGUGGAGAUUGUUAUUGUUAGACAGUAUUCAAUAGAGGGGAUUGGAGCCUUAUCAUCAGACAACUUGAUGUAAAAUAAUUUUGAUACAAUUACUUUAGAGAUGUAUGUGAAUAUUUUCCCUUAAGUUUAUCAUUUGCAUUUUGAAAACGAAGCAUUUUAAUGAAUUGUUCAUUAAGUUUAUUUAAGUAUAAAAUACAAAACGUAUUUGUGUACAAAUUACAACUAGAACUCUAAA